AUGCACGAGUUUGAGCUCAUGAAUUACGUAAACGUACCCUGUGGUAUUUUUAUAGCUGGCCUUCUACAUCAGAGACUGAACGCCACAAAACUUGAACCACAAAGACUUCAUCAAAUAAUGAAAAUCUACUUGGUGACUGAAUUUGCUGUGAGAUACUGCGAUGUCAUUCUGCACUAUGCCUGGUUUUUUUACCAAGCAGCUAACCACUUGCUGCUGUUUUUGGAAAAACAAGCGACGUUCCACGGAGAAGCUAACAAGAGUUAUUGGAAAGCAAUUGCAGAGCUCAUCCCCAACGAAGUACCGACAAUAGAGAAGAGGGGAAAGAAGGAGAAAGCAAAGCAGCCUUCCAUUGCUGUGAUCCAGCGCCCCAAACCCGGUAAGCCAACCGAUCUUUCAAGGAUGCGCCAUAUACUCGUGAAGCUAAAGCAUAAUCCACCACCCCACAUGAAUCCUCCACCCCCACCACCACCUUCAUCAGAUACCGAAAAGGAUGACAAAACGAAGCCGUCACCUCCGGUUGCAGCCACUAAUUCUUAG